AUGCCCUCCAAGCCCAACAACCCUCCCGGAUACGCAUCCGGAAUCGACAUCCCAGGCCUAUGCGGCUUCCAAAGUCUCGCCCGGCUCAUCUACCAUGACGACGGUGAAAAGCUCGUCAAGCCCGAGUACAAAGUAACGGAGCAGUCCGAGUACAUGUUGAAAGUCCUCGUCUCAAUGGCGCAGCAUUUCACGGGCAAAACGACCGAGGAGCUUGAGACUGCCGCCACCGAGCGUCAUGAUGCUGUAUCGAUGAACUUUCUGGCCGCGCGAUUGUAUACGGCUUCACGCGCGAAGCAGGAUCGGGACAGAGCUAUUGCUCUGUGGACUAGAGUAUCGCGGAUAGAGCUCCCAAACGGCGGGACCAUCACCUCCUCCUCCGAGAUGACGCGCAAAUACGCACGCGUCAAGGCGGACGCCUACGCGUAUCUCUGCUGCCAUCAUUACCGACAGUACGAGAGGAACAAAGCGCUCUCCGAUCUCGCACAGGCUUUCCUCUGCGGCGAAGGUGCAGCGAAGCUAGGCUUGUUUGUCGCCUGCACGUACUAUACAGCCCUCGCGUUCUAUAAGCUUCAAGAGGGGAAGGCGCGGAGGAACGAGGAUGACGAACGGGUAGAGACCGAAUCGCUAUUCUUGUGUACGAUGGACGACGCGCCCGCAAUGGCUGCCAUCGACUGGAAGCGCCACAAGCCACAUUGCAGGCGUCCAACAGAAGAAGACCGCGCGCUCCAAUUCAACCGCCUCGCGACGAACGAGAAAGUCGAUGUCGACACGUCCGGCUUCAAUUCGGUAGAGAUGGCCCGAGCGCGCGAGGUCGCGAAGGGAUCCAUGUACAAGUAUCUCGGUUGUGACAAUCCUUCACCAACGCAGAAGGCGUUCGGCGAUUUUCUGCGCGAGAUAGAGGAGAGCGCAUGCGGUGGUCCGAGGACGGAGGAGCAGUUUGUGGAGCUUAUCAAGAAUAUGCCGAAGGUCAUGGCGAAGAGCGAUAUAGAUAUGGUCUUCAAGCCGAAGGGAAAGGGAUCGGGGACGGUCCGGGUAUCGAGCGGUAUGCUUUCUGGGGUCUGA